AUGGCCGAGAAACCCCAAAUCCAGCUCUUCGUCAAGGCAAGCGAGGACGGGGAGAGCGUGGGCCACUGCCCCUUCUGCCAGCGGCUCUUCAUGGUGCUGCUGCUCAAAGGGGUGCCCUUCACCCUCACCACCGUGGACGUGAAGAGGGCGCUGGACGUGCUGAAGGACUUCGCGCCGGGCGCCCAGCUGCCCGUUUUGCUCUACAACGGCGAGCCCAAGACCGACACCGUCACCAUCGAGGACUUCCUGGAGGACAAGCUGGGCCCCCCCAGGUUCCCCAGCCUGGUCCCGCGGUACAGGGAGUCGAGCCUGGCCGGGAACGACAUCUUCCACAAGUUCUCCACCUUCAUCAAGAACCCGGUGCCUGCCCAGGACGAGGCGCUGCAGCGGAGCCUGCUGCGGGCCCUGCUGAAGCUGGACGAGUACCUGAGUGCCCCCCUGGAGUACGAGCUGGCCGCGGACCCCCACCUCCGGGCCUCCCGGCGCCGCUUCCUCGACGGGGACCAGUUGACGUUGGCUGACUGCAACCUGCUGCCCAAGCUCAACAUCGUUCAGGUCGUGUGCCAGCAUUACCGCCGCUUCGGGAUCCCCAAGGACCUGCGGGGCGUGUGGCGCUACCUCAACAGCGCCAGCGAAACCAAGGAAUUCAAAUACACCUGCCCCAACAGCGAGGAGAUCAUACAAGCCUAUCGCUCCGUGGUCCGGUUGCCGCAGUGA